AUGGAUUAUAGCCAAUUAGAUGCGAACAUUAAUGGCAACAUUAAUACGGGCAAUAUCAAUACGAAUGACUUCCUAGCCAUAUUCUCAUCAACAAGUCCCACCGAUGUGGCUGUAGCGCCUGCGCCGCCGGCGACGACCGCGUCAGGCGGCUGGCCGGGUGGUGGCAGUGGCAGUGGCGCUGGACUGCUGCCACUCGCUCGCAAGCAGCACGCACUAAACUCCGCCCUGCCCACCAACAGCAGCAACACCACCAGCUCGUUUGCGGCCAGCAGCAGCAGCAGCAGCAGCAGCGGUGCGCUACCAGCCGUCAGCAAUGCAACAUUACUCGACCCGCCACUACUUACAGUCGAUGCCAGCGAUGCCGACGGACUUAGUAAUCUGCUCGAGAGCACGUUGCAGGGCGCCAUCACCACACUCAGCCCGAAUAAUUAUGUCAAUGACAGUUACUACUUCGUGAAUAGCAACUUUUAUAAUAGCAGUUCGAUUUUGAAUGGCAUCGGCAAUUAUUCCAAUCAAACGUUGACGGGUGUGACGGCCAACCUGACGAGCAACGUGACGGAAGUGCAAUGGGACGGCCGCUACCCCAGCGGCUAUACGCUGCCGCAAAUUGUGAUCGCUUCGGUGAUCGUGACGAUACUGAUGAUUAUCAUCGUGGUGGGCAAUAUGCUGGUCAUCAUUGCCAUUGCGACGGAAAAGUCGUUGAAGAACAUACAAAACUGGUUCAUUGCCUCGCUGGCGGUGGCGGACUUCUUCCUCGGCCUCAUCAUAAUGCCAUUCUCGCUGGCGAACGAGCUGAUGGGCUAUUGGAUAUUCGGCAGUUGGUGGUGCGACAUACACUCGGCCAUGGAUGUGCUGCUCUGUACGGCGUCCAUAAUGAAUUUGUGUUUGAUAUCGUUGGAUCGCUACUGGAGCAUCACGAAGGCGGUGGACUAUCUGAAGUCGCGAACGCCGGCGCGUGCAGCGAUUAUGAUUGCCGCUGUGUGGAUAAUGUCCGCGUUGAUUUGCAUACCGCCACUGCUGGGAUGGAAGAAGAAGAUGCCGGAGGGACCGUUGCCGAAAUGUGCGUCAACUAAGGGAAGGAAUGAAGAUGAAUGCGAAGACGAAUACGAAAUUGAACAUGAAGACCAACACGAAGACGAAGACGAAUACGAGGGCGAAUACGACUACGAACUCGAAUACGAAGACGGAAACAAAAAAAAAAAAGAAGACGAAUACUUAGGCUAA